UCGGAUUUUAUCAUCUACCUCGGCUAUGGUUGUAGCUAGCAGCGGUGGCUGGAUACAAAAUGCCAGUUCGCCCGCUGGGCAGAACAACUCCAACCUGAGCCAGAAUAACACGCAGAAUAACAACAAUAAUAAUAACAACAACAACAACAACAACAAGAUGACCGCAAAAGGCAUUCUGAUCUGCCGAGACAAUUCUCAUCCCUUCCAGGAACGUACGCUGACGUUGGAGCAGCCAGUCAAGAUCGGCCGGUCGGUAGCCAGGGCGAGGGCCGCGACGAAUAACGCGAUCUUCGAUUGCAAAGUACUGUCUAGGAAUCACGCGCUGCUAUGGUACUCCUCCGGGAAGUUUUAUCUACAGGACACGUGCAGUAGCAACGGCACAUUCGUAAAUAAUCAGAGACUCAGUGCCUCCGGAUUGGAGUCAACGCCCAAGGAGGUGUGCUCCGGGGACAUAGUGCAAUUUGGUGUGGACGUUGUGGAGAAUACGAAGAAGGUUACUCACGGGUGUAUAGUCGCGACCCUAAAGCUGUAUCUACCGGACGGGAAGGAGGCCAAGGCUAGCCUGAGCACCUCCGUCACUUCACCCGCUGGGAAUGUGUCUCUCGAAGAUCUUUAUAAACUUAAUCAAAUAAUGCAAGAGGCAUCGAGGCGAGAGAAAGCUCUGUAUUCUAAAUUAGGCUAUCUGCAACAACUGGUCGAGAACACUCGGAAGGCCGCGAAUCAAUCGUGGAAGGCGUUGAUCACGGAAGAUCGUCUGCUGUCGUGGGUGAUGACCGUCGAGAAUCAGUUGACGGUGUACUCUAAAAACUAUACCGAGGACAAGAUUAGAAAUGAGCUUGCGAAGCUUCAAGAUGAGAAGGCGCAGUAUCAGAACGCCGCCAAGGAGGCGUUGCAGAAGGUCUUGCAGGAGAAAUUGGAGGUCACUCAGAGACUAGUGCAGUUGGAGGGACGUUUAAACGAGACGGAGGAGGAAUGCCAGAGUUUGCACAACGUGGCCAAGUAUACCCAGACAGAGCUUCAAGAACUCAGCGCGAAAUAUGCGGAGACGCAGAAGAAGCUUCAGGAGACCACCAACAAGUUGAUGGAGAGCGACGUGAAAGUGAAGGACGUAUUCCUCGCCGCGGAGCAAGAGAAGCGGGAUCUCGCGAAGCGGCUCGAGGAUCAGAUGAAAAUCGAAACGAAUCUGCGGGCGAAGUUGUACAUCUCCCGAUUAAAUUCCGUCAAUAUUUAUAAGCAGAUCACCACUCUGAAAAAUUACGCCCAGACCCUGCGAGACAUGAACCUGAAGCUGGAGGCCGUGGAGAACUUUGAUUCGAAGGGCGAGGAGAAUCCUAUCGAAGCUAUAAAUACCAUCCUCAACAAGGUAAAUUCGAUCCAUAUCGAUAACACGGAGAUGGACAGCGAGAUCCCGCUCAAUUUUUACUUCGCCAAGAGCGAACAAGAUAACCAGUUCAAUUCGUCGGAUGUAGAUCCAAAACAGCUCAAGUCCGAUUCGCCCUUUGCCAAAGAUCAGUCGAGCGAUCUGCGAACGACAGCCGACGAUAGUCUCACGGAAUAUAUCCUGUCACCUCCGUCGUUGCCAUCGUCCAAGCGGACUUUGGUCAACGGCAACUUAACCAAUCUGGAUAAUAACGAUACUAACGGAGACUCCGACACGAAUUCGGAAGCGACCGACGACACGUGCAGUAUUACGAACGAUGACACGAGCGAGAAGAGCGUUAUAGAGAAUAAAAAGGAGGAGCUGGACGUGGAGCAAGUGUCGAAGCAGACAUUUGCACCCUGUAAGAUGGAGGUACGAUUUAUAAAUGCCGUACCUAUACGAUUGGAGGAACGAUACGAGUCGACAGAACAGAUUGCCAAAGAUGAUAAAAUUGCGGAGGUUUCGACAGAGGAAAGUGUUGUUGGCACCGAGGACACGAUGGACAGUUCCAUCGUCAACCCCACGAUAAACAGGCGCGACAACAAAGAACAGCAGCAGCAGCAGCAGCAGCAACAGGAUGAAGACAUCGCGCCGGAGUGCGAGGAACGCGCGGAAGGAGACUACGUUAAAACUCUAAAACCCGUCACGAAGAACGACGCGAUGCUACAGCAGGCUCUCCACUCCCGGGACUACGUACUGCAGACGCUGAUCGGCUCGCUGGACUCGUUGAGAGGCGAAGACAGUCUGGAAGCGCAACAGAUAGUGCAGAGGGAACUGGAGGAACUGAAGGAUUGGCUAAUUCGCGAACCGAACGAGAUCAUCAUCGACAGGCUGAAGGAGCUAUAUUAUCGCGCGAAGAACGACGCGCAGCGGAUGCAGGAGGUCAACGAGGAGCUGGUCAUGGUGAAGGAAAAGUACAACGCGUCCAUCGAGGAGAAAGCGGAGUUGUCGAAGAAAUACAUGUCCCUCAAGUCGCAGUGCGGGGAUAUACUGAGUGCGACUUACGCCGUACCGAUCCAAUAUGUGGCACCUAUCGUGCUCUGGCUGGUGUGGGUGCUGUUGGAGAAAAUAUUCUAAUCGCGUCUCUCCCCUCUAUCUCUGUCAUCUAAUGUUCUUUCUUGUACAUAUAUAACACACAUGAUGAAUGUUUUUAUUUUUUCUAAUUGUUUUCUUUCUUUUACAAUAUCGACCAGGAUUUUGUUAAGUUUAUUCGUUUUGCCAUUUGAAGGCGAUCACAUCGAGCACAAUUUAAUGUUUUUUUAUACAAACGUUAAGAAUUGCGUGCGUGCGUGUGUGUAU